GGGCUAAUUGACGGGGUCAGGGAAGAGCAGAGAGAAGUGUUGCUUUUGGGGUGCUGGGCUAUCCAGGAGUCCAAGUAUGAUUUGAGAUCGUGAACAUGGACUUUUCCCGGCUCCAUAUGUACACCCCUCCUCAGUGUGUGCCAGAGAACACUGGCUACACGUAUGCACUCAGUUCAAGUUAUUCUUCUGAUGCUCUGGAUUUUGAGACUGAACACAAAUUGGAUCCCGUAUUUGAUUCUCCAAGGAUGUCCCGCCGUAGUUUGCACCUGGUCACGACGGCAUACACCAGUGGAGAUGGCCAGGCUGUGGAUGCACACUCCUGCCCUGGCAGUACUGCCUCCCUCAAGGACAGAGCAGCCAGGACAGUAAGACAGCGCCAAAGUGCAAGCAGACCAGCUUUCAGUGUCAACCACAUGUCAAGGAAGGUACCGUCCUCAGAUGUCAGCCAGGGCAGCUCUCGAAAUCUGCAGGGCAUGGCGUCUCUGCGGCCUCCUGUGCUAGAUGAGUCUUUGAUUAGUAAGCAGACCAAAGUGGACCACUUCUGGGGUCUUGAUGAUGAUGGUGAUCUUAAAGGUGGAAAUAAAGCUGCCAUUCAGGGAAAUGGUGACCUGGCAGCUGGGGCAGAUGCUGCCUCACACAACGGGUAUACCUGCAGCGACUGCAGCAUGCUCUCUGAGCGCAAAGGUGUGCUCACUGCACACGCCACUGCCCGUGGACUUUCAUCAAGGAUUUAUUCUAGGGACAGGAAUCAAAAACGCGGUGCAUCUUUCUACACGGAUAGGAUUUUGUGGCUGGCCAAAUACACUUCGUCAUCUUUUUCGUCAUUCCUAGUUCAACUUUUUCACGUGGUUUUAAUGAAGCUCAAUUAUGAAUCAGAAAAUUACAAAUUGCAAAGUUAUGAAUCAAAAGAUUAUGAGUCAAAAAGCUAUAAGUCAAAAAGCUAUAAAUCGAAAGCUCAUGCCAGUUACUGUGGGAGAAUGAAUGUAAAAGAGUUUCUCAGAGAGGAUGGCCACCUCAGUGUAAAUGGGGAAUCACUGUGCGAUGACUGUAAGGGGAAGAAGCACCUUGAAACACACUCAGCCCUCCACUUGCAGUCUUCAAGGCCACGCAGGGUGGCAGGGACCAUUUGGCACAUCUGUGCUUAUGCAGGUUACUUCUUGAUGCAAAUGCUGCAAAGGAUCGGAGCUGCAGGAUGGUUUGUGUUCGAGAUGGUGUGGUCGGUUCUUUGGUUGGCCAUUGUUGCUCCAGGGAAGGCAGCCUCUGGAAUGUUCUGGUGGCUAGGGAUUGGAUGGUACCAGUUUGUUACUUUUAUUUCUUGGCUGAAUGUGUUUCUUCUUACAAGGUGCCUUCGAAAUAUUUCCAAGUUUUUAAUCUUGCUCAUCCCACUAUUACUUUUAAUAGGUGCAGGUCUCUCUUUAUGGAGCCAGGGUGAUCUCUUUUCAUUACUGCCUCUAUUAAACUGGACAAACAGGCAUAGAACACAGAGGGUAGAUGACCUCAAGAACAUAUUUAAACCUGAAACUUCUCACUUGAAUCAGCCUCUACAGGGUGACGGUGAGGCUUUUCAGUGGCAUCGGAUGAAUGACGUGGACCAGCAGGUGACCUCUUUGUCUAAGCAGUGCCACCACCAUGGCGAGAAACUCCGAGAACUGACGAUUUUACUUCAGAAGCUGCAGGCACGGGUGGACCAGAUGGAUAAUGGUGGUGCAGCGCUGUCAUCAUUGGUUAGAGAUGCCAUGGGACAGCACCUGCAGGAGAUGACAGCCACUGGGCUGCUGGGCUCCAAGACUGACUUUAUAACUUUACACCAAGAACAUGAAGUACGUAUCUCAAACUUGGAAGAUAUUCUUGGAAAACUGACAGAAAAAUCUGAGGCCAUCCAGAAGGAAUUGGAACAGACCAAGCUAAGAACAAUUAGUGGGAUUGAUGAAGAGCAGCACCUCCUAUCCACAGUGAAGCAUCUCGAACUGGAGCUGGAUCAUCUAAAAUUGGAAUUGUCAAAUUGGCAACAUUUGAAAACCAGCUGUGAGAAGGUAGACACAAUACAUGAAAAAGUUGAUGCCCAAGUCAAAGAAACUAUCAAACUCAUGUUUUCCGAAGAUCAGCAAGGUGGUUCUGUUGAAUGGCUGCUACAAAAGUUUUCUUCUCAAUUUAUAACCAAGGAUGACUUGCAAAUUUUAUUACGAGAUUUAGAGCUGCAGAUACUGAAGAACAUCACCCACCACAUUUCUGUGACAAAACAGAUCCCAACUUCUGAAACUAUAGUGUCUGCUGUAAAUGAGGCAGGGAUUUCUGGAAUAACAGAAGCGCAAGCUCAUGUCAUUGUAAACAAUGCUUUGAAGCUGUAUUCCCAAGAUAAGACUGGGAUGGUGGAUUUUGCUCUGGAAUCUGGAGGUGGUAGUAUCUUGAGUACUCGCUGUUCUGAAACUUAUGAAACCAAGACGGCAUUGAUAAGUCUGUUUGGAAUUCCCUUGUGGUACUUCUCACAGUCCCCUCGUGUGGUGAUCCAGCCUGACAUAUAUCCAGGUAACUGCUGGGCAUUUAAAGGCUCCCAGGGGUACCUGGUGGUGAGGCUGUCGAUGAUGAUCCACCCAACCACCUUCACGCUGGAGCACAUACCAAAGACGCUGUCGCCAACAGGCAGCAUCACCAGUGCCCCUAAGGACUUUGCAGUCUACGGAUUAGAAAAUGAAUAUCAAGAUGAAGGGCAGCUUCUGGGACAGUUUAUGUAUGAUCAAGAAGGAGAAUCGCUCCAAAUGUUCCAUGCACUGAGACCUGAUAGAGCUUUCCAAAUAGUGGAACUUCGGAUUCUUUCUAACUGGGGCCAUCCUGAAUACACCUGUUUGUAUCGGUUCAGAGUUCAUGGAGAACCUAUCAAGUAAAGACACUACUCACUGUUUUUGUACAUUUUUGUAUAUACCAAGACAGCCUGAAACACUGGAAUCCUUCAUGGAUGAGGGCAUAUACUCGUAUACUAACAGGAUAACGUCACCUCUUAAAUGUUACCGACUGCAAGCAGGAGGACAUGAAAAUUUAUGAUAAAUGCUCUGUGAUGCUCAGCCCGCUGCUGUGUCCACAGAAACACUGCAUGGGAGUGCAUGGGCCCACAAAGAUCAGCACCACAGGGGUCUCUGUGGGAAUCCAAUUGAAUGUAUGGUUCUCAAAAACACUUUGUUUUGGGGUUUGUUUUUGAAUAUAGAGUUCUUUAUAUUUGUAUUUUCUUGACAUCAGGAACAAAGCAAAUGAAGUUAAAAGGUUUGACGUGUUCUUGAAGCUUUGAUAUCUAGCCUUUCACUGGCUUUUUUAACGGACUUUUGGAGGUCAGAUAUAUUUCAUCUGUUAAAUCCAACACACAUUUCUUUCAGGGAAAAACAACGUCACCAAAUUUUCAAUGGAGAUCUAAACUCCUUUCCUUCAGAUGGGAUUUUCCCUUCUUCAUCACUAGUAGUUAUUAGGUCUCCAUGUGGGGAAAUAACUAAAAUGUGUUUUUCUGCUUAGUUUGCUGUUACUCUGAGAAAGACUUACAGUGAGGACUCCUACUAGUAUCUGUUGAGAAAUAUGGGAGAGUUUCAUUUUCGUUACAGGUUGAAGUGAGUCUGAUUGGAAAAGGGAUGGUUUGGAUCUAAACAAAUACCAUAAAUGGAGUUCUCCAGUGUCAGUUAGGCUCUUCCCAUUGGGAUUCACAGUAUGGAAAGGAACCAAGAAAUCUUAUCUUUUGAAUGUUUACAGGUUUUGUUUUGAAUUUUGCUGGAAAGGGAACACUACUAACAUGCCCUAAAUCUUUCAGAGGCUGUAUUUUUACUUCACUGGUGGUUAUCAAAGAAGUUUUCCCAUGUGGCAAAUUCAUGAAACCAUUAUGUUUUAGGAUCAUAAUUUUUCCUACAGCAGCACUUUUUGCUGGCUCUAGUUGGGAUUUGCCUUUUAUUAAGACUGUUGGCCAUUCUCACUUGAUUCUUGUGAGACUCAUUUUGGUUAUAAGUAAUGUUUAAUACUUAGACAAUUUUACUGAGCAGACUUUAUAAAUGAGACAUCUGCAAGGCACUUAAAGUGUUACAGAUGUUUUACCUUAAAAAUUAUUAUUUAAGUUUUAUUGGGUUCAGACAGUUUUUGGUGUACCGUAAAAGUUGUAUUUUCAGAAAAAGAUAAAAUGAUGGUGCUGACUGGUUUUCUGAAGACUUUUAUGUAUAUUGCACAAUAGUCCUCAAAUAUAUAAAACUACAUAAAGUAGCAUUUUUUUCACUCUUCCUAGAAUUGGAACUAAUGCCUAUGCAGUUAAGUUGGGUAAAAUGUGUACAUAUGUUUUAUAUUACAGGUUACGUAUAUAAGUCAAUCUCUUAUGUAAAACUAAAUUUGGGAGUUGGGAUGGGAAUAUUUUGAAUAUUAAUUUAUUUUUAAAGAUGCAAAAUAGGACUUUGUGCAAUGUAUUUUUGUAAAUGCUUUUCAAAAUAUUUGUCUUCUUUAGUGCUUCUUUUGCUGCCACCAAAAUUGAUAAGAUGCUAUUGAGAUGUUUAAAAUAAAGUUUUA